AUGUAUAUGACACCUAAUGUACCAGAAAGGAUAUACCUCGAGUUGCAACCUGCGACAAGAAUUGACGUUGAACAAUACGAAGACAUCGUAUGGGAGGCAGCAACUGAAACUGUAGCAGCACAGAGAGUUGGGCAAGAGAACAUCCAACAAGAUAGGAGCUUAAGAGGACAGUUGCCACAUAAAGCUGAGAAUGGCGCGCGAGAAAAUUUCUGGGGAGGCAGGCAACAUCAGCUCCUUAAAUUAGCUGCCGUGGUCGUAACUUUCCUGAUUGCUGUUACUGCUCUAGUUAUUGUUGUGAUAAAGUGGUCUGAAUCCACAAAUCCGGAGAAAGGUACGUUUAAAACAUGACAUUUUUGGAGUGUAAACGUAAACGCGACUAUCGAGAGAAUCUGCCUUGGAGAUCUUAAAUUCCUUUGAGGUAAAAUUUCUUUUCUAAGUUUCACCUCUUUUCGAACACUUUAAAACUCUAUCUAAUAUAAAAUAGCCAGUGCCGGACUAAACUACCAUUUUGAAAGGUGUUAAAAUAGGUAGGUUUAUUGAAGGUCUACAAGCAUGCAUACGAGCUUCUCAAGGCGGAAGUACAAACAUACAUAUUUUAUUGAUGCUCCUUAAAUAACGCUUUUUUAAAAUUCCAAUAAAUGCAUAGAUUAUAGAGAAUUAUAUACUCUUAUGUUAUAGAUUAAAGAUAUAAGUUUUGACAAACUCUCAGUAUGUCUUCGUUAAUCGUGCAAUAGACGACCAUCAGAAACACAGACAGGGACGGCAACGAGAAGGAGCAAAAAUGAUUUAUUUGUUCAAAAUAACAACUCUGCGGAAUACCCCAGCAUGCGCAACUUAUGAUUGCAGUUUCUAAUAACUUUUGCCCGCACGCAGUGCACCAAAAAUAUAAAACACAACGACGAAACAUUCGAGAUUAUUGUCGGCUAAUUAAUGAAUCGUGACCAAGCUGAUUUUACCUCAAAUCGAUUGGAAGACUAUAGAGAAUUACCCAGCCCAGCUCUGAAGUUCUUUCUUUCUUAAAGCAGUGGUUCUGAGUUGCCUUUUUGAAAGUUCUCUUUAAGUACAUUAUCUCAAGCAGUGCUAUAAAGGAAGAAACAAUAUUCGGGAGGCGGGACAAAGACGUUAACGUAUCCGCCCUGUUUUGCAUUCUUAUGUCUUUUGUUUGCUAUUUUUAUUUUAAAAAGUAAAAAUUGUGAAGAUUAAUGUCGACUAAAAGGCACGCGCCAAUUACUUUGGGGAAAGAAUUUUUUCACUCUAGCAGUCUUGCAUCUAGAGACGCUAGGAGUAAGACGCUUAUCAACGGGAAUUUGCAAUUGCAAUAUCAAAUGUUUCGAGCCUCAACUUAUGCUUUGGGACAAAUCAGAAAAUAUGGUCUUUCAUUUGAGGCGAUGCAUCUUCUCCUCUUUUUGUCUGCUUAGCUCAAUCGUUGAAUGUCUAUGUAAGAUAAUUUCAUUGAAGCAGAAAAUGUGUCAAUUUUAAGCGCAGUCUCCCGAUAGUCUCGAUCUUCCCACUUAGAAUAAAGCGUAAUACACAACCUGUCCUGACAGUGCAUGAUAAUAAUGUCGUUACAAAAUUCGCAACAAAGAAAAAAAACGUAAAUAAAUCGCGAUAUAUCGGGUAAUGUCCUUAUUUCGUGUUUGUUUGUCUGUUUGAACUUACAGAUCUUCCACUCGUCAACUGUGCAACCAACACGCACUUGUGCAAUGUCAAUGCUGUUUGCCAGAACAUAGAGGGUUCUCAUAUCUGCAUCUGCAAUUCUGGAUAUGCUGGGAAUGGCAAAAUAUGCGCUGGUAAUUAG